CCUAUCCUGCCUUGCCCUGGCCUUCUUGUGUGUUUGCAGUUCAUCAUUUCAUCUCUAGUAUAUUGACUUUGUUAUAUUUCACGAACACGAUCUGACCAAUACUCGAAAUAAUUAAAGCUCGACCAUCAUUAUUAAACUUCGCCUUCGGGGUUCGGGGAUUGCGACACUUAUUGCAUCCACAAACCGCUUACACAAGCCAAGCCAAGCCGACGGGACCAUAUAAUAGUUGCCGCUCCCGCCAUCAAUCCGCCUCGAUAUCCGCGAGCAAUAACGUUAUACAUACCAACUCAAUCGUCCUGUCAAUUUCACAGGCCUCAAUCUUUUCAAUUAUUCGACGGUAGUACUCAGAUGAUAUCAUAAGGUCUCCAACACACCCGAAUUCUCAUAUUGCGACAUUAGACAGCCGUAAGGCGUCUCGUUCAAUACUCGCUUCAACUUCAACAUCUACACCAAAAAAUAAAUCAUGGCGACCGAAACCGAUACUCUCUCAUUCUCGUUACCUACGAGCACCGCUCCCACCGACGUUUCUGAAUCCACAUGCAUGCCUCACUCGGCUCCCUUUUACCAAGCUUCGGAAUGCCCGCAACAGACCAAGCCGGCCGAGUGGGAUACGAGAAUACCACCACUGCAACCGACCGCACAAUCACAAGAUUCUGUAUCAGGAAGUGGAUGUUUCAACGACGGAGGUCUUUUAUAUAGAGUUCAGGCUGAGCGCGAGUGUCGAGAGGGACCUGGCAAAACCGUUGAAGAGGCCUGCCAACGCUCUCUGAACCACUUCCCAUGCCCCGGACUCGCCUUUCCGAUGCCAGCCCUCGAUUUUGACUUUCGAAUCGCUGUUCGUUUAAAUCAAGAGGCUGUCCAUGUCGACUCGGGCAACACCAAGGAGAUCACUACCGUAGCAGCCGGAGUAUGGUCCGGAUCUUUUGGCCACGGCCGCGUCAUUGCAGGCGGAUAUGAUCUUGGCCAGGCACGCGGUUUCAGGCCCAUGAGGCUUGUUGAGGGCGCCUUUGUCGUCCAAACAAGUGAUGAACAGCCUGCACUUCUUGAAAUGCGCACUCGCGGUUCUCUCUCAGGACCUGCAGAUGUUCUCGAUACUCUAUUAAGCCCUCGGGCCCCCAAGGACAUUGACCCACGACGAUACGGAUUCCGCAUGUUCGCGACGUUCAAAACAUCCGACAAGCGUUACGCCGAAAUCGUCAACUGUGGAUUAUGGGUGGCCAGUGGUGCCUGGCGUGGCGAGCACUUGGUUAUCGAUGCCUACCGUGUUACAUAAAAAAUCUCAAUCACCAGCAAGCGAAAGAUCCGAAUGACUUGACUUGACAGAAACGACAUUUUUAGCAUUGCAUAAGGGAUCCUGACUGGAUAGCGGGUCCCUCGGCGCACCACAGGAGUUGGUCUUUAACAGCCGAGUCAAUUUUUGACCCGGUUAGCAAAUAGGAGGAAAUGGACGGAUGAUGACGAUGCAUUGAGCGGCGUAGACAUUGGAUGUUGAGACUUUCCCAUCUCUUCCCUAAUCCUCAUUUGUUUGGGUAGUGAUGAACUAAAUGACCUGCCUAUUCAAAACCAAAUAACGUUAUUUAACGGCAAGCUGACAUUCCAUCUCAAUUUUGGUGUAUGUAAUUCCAUCCGGUACCCACGUCGGUCUCUUACUCGGACCAUGAUACACCGACGGUGUCAUGAGAAUGGGUUUCGGAGAUAUCAUUAUCAAGCAAGAACAUUCUCCUCCUUUGGCGGCUAUUCUGGACCAAUUCUUGAUCAGUCGGUCACACCAAUUUCUAUUGCUUAUUAGGAAUAUGCCCGAAGGUCAGACGGCCUCUGGUUUGGCUCUGGCUGAUUGAUUCAUAAUCACUGUCUCUCGAGCUGACCCAAAUCAUCCGGAUCGGCGGCCCACCCAAGCCCUCAACUCCUCAAUCAUCGAAGUCAAUUUAGAUCUCGAUACUGUCAGAUUGGCUUGUUUUGUGUGGCCGUUGUGCAUACCCGCGCAUUCCGACUCGGACGCCGUGGACUUUGCUCUAUGGGGAAAGUGUCAGCAAAACACAAUGCUAAUCCAGGAUUCGCAUGCAAGGUUACUUGCCUUGUAGAUCUGAUGCAACACAGUCUUGCUGCCGUGUCCCUGAAUCCUUAUCGCCGUGCCUACGGACCUAUCUCACUUGAGCUUAAUCCGGAGUUCCAGACAACUGAGCUUCCUCAGGCGACUCUGAUCCUCCUCGUCUCCACUGGCGACCACAUCGUCCACGGCUCCGACGGUUCCUGUUGUGAUCUCCACCUCACAGUCUCCCUCCUGUUCAAACCAACUCGCGACCGCGAGGAUCUUCUCAAUAGCUCUACCCGUUCCUGCGAGUGUCACGGCAGCACUGUCUGCAUCUCCACCUCUAUUUCGCCGCAGCGCCUCGACACGCGAAUAUAGGGACGCGUACUUGGGUGCUGCGUCGGUGGUCUUAAGUGAGUCGUCAAGCUGUUUACGGGCGCGUUUGACCACAGCCAUGAAUGGUGUCCUUGAAGACACGUAUAUGAUGCGAGAUUUGGAUGAUGCUGGAGGCUGGCGCCUGGUUAGGGGGCGUUUCUCGACACGAGCGCCUGGGAAGUGUUAGUCGCUUAUUCGCAAUAUUUUGUGAAAACUAUACCUUCUGAAAUAGCAGGCAUCUUACUGAAGGUACCGUAUACCUUGUUUGGAGCCUUGGAAGCUUCGGUCGAAGCCAUCUUGUCGUUUUUUUUUU